AUGAUCUGUGAUGUUAUGCCAACAAUUAACGAAGAUAUUGGAUCUCAGGGUGAUCGAGAUUCACUGGUUAGUGCAGAUGGUACGAAUGUUGAAGAUAUGUUACUUAGCAUGUUGGAUGAACGUGACAGAUUGAUGGAAGGAUUGCGUGAAUCACAGGAACAAGUAAACGAAACAAGAACUCGAUUGAACGAAGUUGAAAGAGAACGUGAUAAACUUCAUGCACAGUUGUCAGCUAAAAUGCCUCAAGAUGUUGUGGAAAUGUCAAAAAAACUAACAGAAGUUGAAGAGCAAUUAAUUGAAAGAUGUGAUGAAAUCGAUGAUUUGAAAGCUGAACGAAACAAUAUGAAAAUUCUCUUAGAACACUUAGAGAAUUUGGUAGCUCGCCAUGAAAGAUCACUUAGAAUGACUGUAGUGAAACGACAUACAUCAACGGCUAUGAGUACUAGUACAAAUUCAUUGAUUCCGGGGGGUACAAUGGCUGAUGGUGAAACAGUGUGCUCCGAAAUGGAUAUUUUAAAUUCUUCGUCAAAUUAUUCCAUGAAUACAACUACUGGAUCAACAAGUCCUUCAAUGACAGGAUUAGGUUCAGAAGUGGAAGUUUUAAAAGCAUUGAAAUCUUUAUUUGAACAUCACAAAGUUUUAGAUGAAAAAGUUCAUAAUCGUCUAAGAGUGUCACAAAAUAAAGUAACUGAUUUAGAAAAUGAAUUAUUCGAACUAAAACGUUCAAAGAUAAAUAAUAGUUCCACUGAAAAUACAUUUAAUAAUAAUAAUAUUCAUCGAACAAUGAUAUCUAGUGAAACACAAGUUGACAAAGAUUUCAUAAAAGAUGAUGAUACAGACAUAAAGAAUAAUCUUGAUCAAAUUCAAAAGUUAUCACUUGAAGAAACUGUUUCAUUCUCACAAGGAUCAGUUGGAAUAAGUAAGAGUUCUGAAUUCUCAUCUUCGUCAUCAGUUCUGAAUGCUCCUUUAUCAAAUCUGUUCUGUGGUUCAGCGUCAGCAGCUGCUCUUGAAGCAGCGAACAGAAUCAAAGAACUGCAAGAAAAUCUUGAACAACGUGCAUCUGAAUUACUCGUUGCUCGAAGGCAAGUGAUUGAACUGACAAGUCGAUCAAGAGAAAGCUCAAAUUCAUUGAGUUUAGCACAAAGUGAAUUAAAUCAUGCUAAUGACCAAAUUGAAAGGCUUACUCGUGAACUACGUGAAUCUGAGCAACGAAGAACUGAUCAAGAGUCCCUAGCUACGAGUUUAGAACAAAGAUAUUUAGUUACUCAGCGUGAAUUAAAUGCAGCCCAAGAUAUGACUGACAAAUUACGAGCUGAAUUAGCCUUCAAAUCAACGCAACUUAAACAGCAAGAAGAAAAAGUUCGAACACUACAAAUUAAAUUAGAUACAAUGGAAGACGAUCUGUUGCAGAGUAGAUCAUUGUCAAAUCAUUUCUUGACUAAAUCUUUAAAAACUAAAUACAUUCAUGAUGAAGCUGACAUUGAUGAUGAUGAUGAGGAGGAGGAUGUUAUUGCUGGAACUCAAUACAAUGAAGAAAAUGCUUGCUCUGACGACAGUAAUCCUGAAUUAAUGAAUAAACAAAUAUCUGAGGGGGAAAUGGAACAAGAGACUGAUUCAAUCACUGGCCUUGAGAGCAAACGUGUCCGAAAAAUCAAAUCUAUUAGAUCAGCAUCAAAAAGGAAUAAUUAUUCUCGAAAUAUCUUUCAACAAGAAUGGAAUUCUUAUGAAGAUCAGGUAAAAGAAUUAACAGAUGAAAUAGAAGAAGUUAGACAAGAAUUAACGCGUGCAAAAGAAAGAGAAAUCAUUAAUGAAGAACACAUAACUCGUUUAUCGGGAACAGUUGAUAAAUUAUUACAAGAAUCUAAUGAACGCUUACAAAAUCAUUUACAAGAAAGAAUGUUGGCUUUAGAACAAAAACAAAAUUUAAAUAAUCAAAUUGAACAAAUAAAGAGAGCAUUAGAAACAGCAAUAAGAGAACGUGAAACAAAUAUAACAGAAUCAAUGUUAUUAAGACAGAAAUUGUCUGAAUUAGCAGCUGCUUUUCGUUAUUCACAAGCUCAACUUGCAAUUGCUCAUACAUCAACUUCUGCAGCUCAGGCUACUAUUAUGGCAUUAGCCAAAGCAUCAUCUGAGAAAGUUAACAUGGAACGACAGCAACAACAGCAUAAUACAGAUAUUUCUAUACAAAAUUCAGUAUGUCCUUCAAGUGUAGUGGAAAAAUAUGGAACUGAGCAAAGUAGUCCAAUAGACUUAAUUUCAAGAUUGAUCACUAAUACAUGGAUCUAUUCACAAGCUGAUAAUAAUUCGGAUCAACCAAUAGAAAUGAAUCCUGAUGUUGAGUUACACAAUAUUCAAUCACUUCCCAAUACAAUUAGUGAUAAUAAUAACAAUAAAUUUUAUCAGUCGAAUGAAUUACAGGAAAUGUUAACUCAACAAAAUGUAAUGAAUUUCAAUGAUCCAUCAUUACAAUUAAAUCAUGAUACUGUUAAUCAAUUGUCCUUGAAUGAUAUAGUCAAUUUUAUGAAAAUGAAACAACUACCAAACGCCAUAUCUCAGCACAAUAUUCAAGAAAGUGCAACUGAUUCAACUACAGAUCCACAAUCUUUAGCGUAUAUGUUAAAAAAUCAAUUAGAUGCUAUCAAUAAUGAGAUAAAAUUAAUUCAACACGAGAAAGCCACUACAGAAAUGUUAGCUGAUGAAUUAAAGGGACGAUUUGGUACGACGGAUAUAAGUGUUGAUAAUAGAAAUAAUGAAUUUAAGACAAAGAAUCAGUAUGUUGAUAAUCGACCCGAUGGGAAUGAUGGUAAUAAUAAUAAUCAAGCUGAUCGAAAUGGCAAUCUUACAUUACAUGAUUUACUGCAUUCAUCAGAGCCCUCUGCUCUUGCUUCUUUGGGCAAUUUCAACUGCAGAACUACAACAGUUACUACUCAAAUGAAUAUGGAUAUUUAUCAAAACCCACCAAUUAGCUAUACACAAAACUUUCCAACAACUUACACACUAACGCCGCAUCCAUCCUAUUUAGGAUAUGAUACACGACUGCGUGCACCAGUAAUGAAUCCUAUGGCUAUCCGACAACCGGGACAAUCAAAAUUAUAUAAUCAAGGAGUGUUUAUCCCUAAUCCCAGGUAUACUAGUGAUCAUAAUGUAAUUUUUUCAACUGGAACUGCUCAACUACCAACUUUAUCAAAUUUUCACGAUGUUGACUAUAAUAUGCGGAAAUGUGCACAAAAUGAUCUUUCUAUGACUACAUACGAUAGCACAGUCACAACCACAACAACAACCGGCACACGAGAUGAUUUAGGAAAUACAGAGUAUUCAGAUAGUAGUCAAAGGGAAAAUGAACGUAAACGAUCUAUUUUCGGGACAUUGGGUCGUAUGUUCAAGAGACCAAAUCCUGUAAAUGUAACAAACUCACAGAAUCAAGUGGAAAGUACAGUGAAAUCAGUAGUUUCAAACAAUCAACAGCCUUCAUUGAGAUUUCAUUCUAAUCCAUUAACUCAUCCAUCCCGUCAUUAUCAUGUGUAUAAUAUUCCUCAAUCAACCUCAGUUCAUAGAUCAGACGAAAGAAAUAGACUAACUAAUGCUGUAUACUCUUCACAAGAUUCAGGAUUUUCGAAUAUGCCACAUUUCAAUCGUUCAGUUUAUCCAAACAAUUUUUCUCAAUAUCAUGUACAAGAAGGAACAUCGAGAUACAGUCCGAGACCUCCAUCACACCAUAGUUAUUUUGGCAAGGCGAAACCUGGUAUUUAUUCUGCAGAUGUAGGUACUAACCAAGAACAAAGUGCAAUUCAGCAGUCAGUUUUAUCACAUACGAUGAACUCCCAAGCUGCUCUUGGAUCUAAACAAACUCUUGAGGAUAGACAGAAAUCUCAAAAAUUGUUACUUGAAGAUACUAUACGCAGUAAUUUACCAUUUACUUCAUGGAGUAGUCCCAUAUUAGUUGCAUGGUUAAAAGGUGAAUUAAAUCAUGAAUGGAUUGGGAAUGUUUGGCUGCCUAGUCUUGGGUUAACCAGAUAUAGGUCAUCAUUUAUGGAGUGUCUUGUCGAUGCACGUAUGUUAAGUCAUUUAACCAAGCGGGACUUGAGGGUACAUCUAAAGAUGGUUGAUCAAUUUCAUCGUUUAAGUUUAUACUAUGGGAUAAUGUGUCUCAAGCGCCUGGAUUACGAUCGUUCUGAGAUUGAACGCCGACGUGAAGCAUGUCAAAAUAGUUUAAACGAUUUACUUGUCUGGAGUAAUGAUCGAGUUAUUGUAUGGCUUAAAAGUAUAGGUUUGAAUGAAUACGCCAAAAAUUUGAUUGAUUCUGGUGUACAUGGAGCUUUGAUGGUGUUAGAUCCAGAUUUUGACGCGAAUUCAUUUGCUCUUAUCCUUCAAAUACCUAAUUCAGAUGUACAAAUGAGGCAUAAACUUGAACGUGAACUCAACAGACUUCUACACCCGUAUCGAUCAGUUAAUCAAAACACUUCGAUGAGACCUUCCGAUUCAAUCAUGAAUUAUGAUACGGCAGCAAGUUGGAUUGCUUCUGUAGAACGUCCAGAACCAGCAUAUUAUGAAAAUCAAUUUGAAAUAAGUGAUGAAUUAGGUGGUGAGUCAUCUUACAGACCUGGCACUCAACAACAAAGACAUGGAAUCAACAGGAAUAUUGUACCUAUUUCGGAAAGUUUAAAUGGAGCUCCACCUAUUCCUAUACGAGCGCAAAGAAAUACAGACAGACGAUACCCUACGUCUACUUCACAGUUAACUGUUAAUUCUCAGAACCAACUUCCUUUGAAUGCCAAUCUCAACCGUAAUCUUCAAUAUCGAAAUGCAGAUAAAUAUAGUAAUAAUAAUAAUAAUGAUAAUAAUAAUAAUAAUAAUAAUAAUAAUAAUAAUAAUAAUAAUAAUAAUAAUAAUAAUAAUAAUAAUUGUAGAUUCACACUGUUGGUUUGA